CUUUACAUAGAUAUUGAAAGUUUUGAAAUUGAAGUUUCACCUCUAUAAAACUCUAUUGUGAUUUGUGUCAAUGGUUACUCACGUUCCUGAUCUCGAGUAAUAAGCAUGUGACUUAACCUAUAUCAAAAUUUAACAUUAAUUAUUUCCUUGUAGUAAUAUGCUGUUAUGAUGUGUCAUGAAGUGAUAUAGUUGUUACAAUUAUUAUAAUAUUAAUUCUAAUAAUAAUUUUAAAAUUCAAGAAAUUGUCAUACUAAUUAUAUUAAUAAAUAUAUUGUUUAAGAUUAACAGAAUUAACAAUUAAAAAAGAAAUUAUGUUAGAAGUAAAUGAUAAUCAAAUUACUGCAAUAGGUUGUAUUUUGAAUGAUAAAAGUCGACCUUUGAAGGAAAGAUUUCGUGCAUUAUUUACUUUAAAAAAUGUUGGAGGUGCUAAAGCCAUUGAACAAAUCAGUGCUUGUUUUGAAGAUGAUUCUGCUUUACUAAAACAUGAACUUGCAUAUUGUCUUGGUCAAAUGCAAGAUCCUCUUGCUAUACCAAUUCUUAUAAAUGUGUUGAAAGAUGUUACACAAGAACCAAUGGUUCGUCAUGAAGCAGGUGAAGCUUUAGGUGCAAUUGGAGAUCCCAGUGUCAUACCCAUCUUAGAAGAAUACAGCAAAGACUGUGUACCAGAAGUAGCAGAAACUUGUCAGUUGGCAGUAUGCCGAUUGCAAUGGUUACAGUCAAGUAAUAUUUCAACAAAUUCUAAAAAGAGUCCUUAUAUGUCAGUGGAUCCAGCUCCUCCAAUAGAGAUUUGUGAUGUCGAUGUAUUAAAAGAUAUUCUUCUUAAUGAAAAUCUUCUUUUAUUUGAAAGAUAUCGGGCUAUGUUUUCAUUAAGAAAUAUAUGCACACCGGAAAGUAUUCUUGCUCUAAGUGAAGGUUUAAAAACUGGUAGUGCUUUGUUCAAACAUGAGAUAGCCUUUGUUCUUGGACAAUUACAGGAGGAAAUUACUAUACCUUAUUUGCAAGCUUCCUUAGAAAAUGUUAAUGAAAAUGAAAUGGUGCGGCAUGAAUGUGCUGAAGCAUUAGGCUCAAUUGCAACUCCAAUUUGCUUUAAUAUUUUAAAUAAAUAUUUGAAUGAUAGCAAGAGGGUUGUCCGUGAAAGUUGUAUAAUUGCAUUAGACAUGUGCGAAUAUGAAAAUAGUUCUGAAUUUCAGUAUGCAGAUACAUUGGGAAAAGUUACUGCUUAAAUGUGUAUUUUUAUAUGUUUAGGAAAUAAGUGAAAAAUCUGUAUGAUGAGUGCUUUGAAUGUGAAAUGAAACAAAUGUUAUAGUAUCUAUUACAAAUAAUAUGCAGUGAUUUACACUAAUAUUUGGACAUUGUAUUGUCUACAAAAUUAUUAUUGUAU